CGUCCUCGGACUACGAACUGUUGUUGUUGUCAGUUCAUUUCGUCGCCUGCCGUGGAACGCAGGAAGUGCGAGCGUAGUCCGUUGGACACAGAGUCUUCGGAACUUAAAGGAAAGGGGUGCGGGCCACGAGACGCAGAGCGAUCAUAGUGGCCGGUUGGCGCUUCUUCGCUAAAGAGGACGAUCUGCAGUCCUCUACCCGAUGUGGUUGUAGACAGUGAACACUCAAGUGGAACCUUCGCUUUCCAUGCAGAGAGCGGCGGGUUGAGAAGUCGAGGCCGCGACAAAAGAAAAGCCUGCCGCCGUCACCAGUACCGAGAGAAAUAGCAGUGAAAGAAUGUGAAACUGGGUACUGGAUGUAGAAAUGUCAGCAGAUGAAUCUUCUAAAAUAAGAAAACUUGCAACUUGAUGAUCAAAGCAUAACUAAGAUGUUACCUUUGAAAAGUGCAUUGCCAAGGUGCAUUUGGCAGCGAAGAUGAAUUGUGCAUCUAUUACAGAAAUGCUUAUAUGAAAAGACACACAUUUUAGAAAGUGUCAGCAUUACUACUUGGAGAGUAUGGCAGGUUUUAAACGAGGAUAUGAUGGAAAAAUUGCUGGAUUGUAUGAUUUGGAUAAAACCCUAGGCAGAGGGCAUUUUGCUGUGGUGAAGCUUGCCCGACAUGUAUUUACAGGUGAAAAAGUGGCAGUAAAAGUAAUUGACAAGACAAAAUUAGAUACUCUUGCCACAGGACAUCUUUUCCAAGAAGUCAGAUGUAUGAAACUAGUGCAGCAUCCUAAUAUUGUUCGUCUGUAUGAAGUUAUUGACACUCAGACCAAACUUUAUUUGAUCUUAGAACUUGGUGAUGGAGGAGAUAUGUUUGAUUACAUCAUGAAACAUGAAGAAGGUCUUAAUGAAGAUCUGGCAAAGAAAUAUUUUGCUCAGAUUGUUCAUGCUAUAUCCUAUUGUCAUAAACUGCAUGUCGUUCACAGAGACUUAAAACCAGAAAAUGUUGUCUUUUUUGAAAAACAAGGACUUGUGAAAUUAACUGAUUUUGGAUUUAGCAACAAAUUUCAGCCUGGGAAAAAACUUACAACAAGUUGUGGCUCUCUUGCAUAUUCUGCACCUGAAAUUUUACUUGGCGAUGAAUAUGAUGCACCUGCAGUAGAUAUAUGGAGUCUGGGAGUUAUUCUUUACAUGUUGGUAUGUGGACAACCACCUUUUCAAGAAGCAAAUGAUAGUGAAACUUUGACCAUGAUAAUGGAUUGCAAAUACACAGUACCAUCCCGGGUGUCCAAAGAAUGUAAAGAUUUAAUUACACGAAUGUUGCAAAGAGAUCCCAAACAAAGGGCAUCUUUGGAAGAAAUUGAAAAUCACCCUUGGCUACAAGGAGUUGAUCCCUCACCUGCAACAAAAUAUAAUAUUCCUUUGGUUUCAUAUAAAAAUCUUUCAGAGGAAGAGCACAAUAGCAUCAUACAACGCAUGGUUCUUGGAGAUAUUGCAGAUCGAGAUACUAUUGUUGAGGCUCUGGAAACUAACAAAUACAAUCACAUCACUGCUACCUACUUUUUACUAGCAGAGCGGAUUUUAAGAGAGAAACAAGAAAAAGAAAUACAAACCAGAUCAGCAAGUCCAAGCAAUAUAAAAGCACAAUUUAGGCAAUCAUGGCCAACAAAAAUAGAUGUUCCCCAAGAUUUAGAUGAUGACCUUACAGCUUCUCCAUUAUCCCAUGCAGCUGUUCCCCAAUCUCCUGCUCGUAAUGCUGAAAAUGUUCUUAAUGGACAUAGAAGUAAGGCACUUGAGUCGGUCAAGAAAGAGGAUGUUCCUGAAUUAGCUGGACCAGCACUUUCAGUUGUUCCCUCAGUGAAUUUAAAACCUACAACUAGUAGUCGGAAGUGCUUGUUUAGAGUAGAAGAAGAUGAAGAGGAGGAUGAAGAAGAUAAAAAAAAUGUUUCUCUGUCAAAUCAAGUUGUUCUGCGUCGUAAGCCUUCUGUUACAAAUCGUCUUACUUCUCGAAAAAGUGCCCCCGUUCUAAAUCAGAUUUUUGAGGAAGGGGAAUCUGAUGAUGAAUUUGAUAUGGAUGAGAAUUUGCCCCCUAAAUUAAGUCGCCUAAAAAUGAAUAUUGCUUCACCCAGCACUGUGCAUAAACGUUACCACAGAAGGAAAAGUCAGGGUCGUGGAUCUAGUUGCAGUAGCUCAGAAACAAGUGAUGACGACUCAGAAAGUAGGCGGCGUUUAGAUAAAGACAGUGGAUUUACUUAUUCCUGGCAUAGAAGAGAUAGUAGUGAAGGUCCUCCAGGAAAUCAAGGAGAUGGAAGUGGACAAGGAAAACCAAGCAAUGGAAAUGGAGGGAUUGACAAAACAAGUCCUGGUGAUAAUCAUAAAGAGGGUGGAAGUCCUUCCAGUAGCUCUAACGGAAGCACGAAUAAUAAUUCAGGUUCUACUCGCAGAUGUGCAGGAUCUGGUAAUGCCAUGCAGUUGUCAUCAAGAAGUGCGGGUGAUCUGGUUGAAAGUCUCAAGUUGAUGAGCAUUUGUUUAGGUUCUCAGAUUCACAGUAGCACUAAAUACAUAAUUGAUCCCCAAAAUAUUUCGUUUUCCAGUGUGAAGGUGCAGGAGAAAUCAACAUGGAAAAUGUGCAUAAGUUCUGGGAAUGUAAAUCCAGUUUCAUCUUUGAGCAGCAUAAAAUUGUUUUCUGACCAAAUGUCAGAUGCGGCAAAUGAGUUAGAACAAAUAAAGAACAAGAACUUGAAAAAUAAUGUGCUACAACUACCUCUGUGUGAAAAAACAAUAUCUGUGAACAUUCAGCGAAACCCGAAGGAGGGACUAUUAUGUACAUCAAGUCAGACAACUUGUUGUCAUGUUGUUUGACAAUAAUCAUAUUUAACCCAUUCUACUUGACAUCACCAAUCUUCCUGUUCAGAGCUGUGAAUACUUUAUUUCACUGAACUUUUGUUACUUUGUCUUACUAUGUUAACAUAGGCUUUAAGCAGUAAUUUAUUAGAGUUUAAUUUAGUUUUGCUUGUUAUGACAAAGCAUGAUACUGUGCAUGUUGCUAGCCAGUAAUUUCUUUUGUUCCAAACAAACCCAAGAGCUGCGGUGAUCGUUAGAAUGCAGUACUGCAGGCUACUUCUGCUGACUCCCAGCUGCCUGCAGUUUGGCAGUUUGAGUCACCGGCUCAAGGUUUACUCAGCUUUCCAUCCUUCUGAGAUCGGUAAAAUGAGGACCCAGAUAGUUGGGGUCUGGUCUGAUUUGGUAAACUGCUUAGACAAAGCUGUAAAGCACUGUGAAGUGGUAUAUAAGUCUAAGUGCUGUUGUUAUUUUUUUAUCUUUCUAAUUUUACUGUAGAAAAUCUGGAUUAUAGUAAGACUUGUGUCCAAAUCCAGUAUAAAGUAAGCACUUAGUAGUUUCACAUUCUGCACUUAAAUUAGAAACAGAAUUUUUGUUUCUUUAUAAGACGUCAAAUUAUGUUCAGAUCUUCUGUGUUAAAAUAUAUGAGAUGUGGCAUAAUUAUCUGUUUGCAACAGAACCAAAGCAAUAAAAUGUUGAUACUGAAAUCUCUUCUGGAGGUUUUAGAAUUUCAAGCCUUGUACAAAGCAAAAGUGCACUGGAAAGUUAUCUUCAACUCUUGAUUUUUAAUCCAUCUUGUCUUAAAUGCAUGAGUGAUGGCUAAAAUGAAGGUUUUGAUUUGAUACAGACAAGAUUAAAAAAAAAAUCUCCAAGGCAGCUUUCCCCAUAAUUAAAUGCAAGCAAUCUUUUU